ACGCGAAAAGGAGAAGUUGAGAAGACGACUAGGAGUCCAAACGCGUCCGGGCUUGGAAGUGAUAAAGAUGUCGCCACCAAAUGGAAGAUAGCCUUUGGCGCAUGCGUGGCUAUCAUUGUCAUUUUACUGGCAGGUUCGUUCCAUCGCAAACCAAAUUAGGCAUUUUUAGUAUUUUUCUGUAUGCAUGGUUAGUCCUUCUAAGCUCUCAGAGAUCACUUUAUUCAAAGACUCAAGAUUGAGAUUGGUAGAUUGGUAGAGGGUUAAGUCAAUCAUAUGACUCCCUACACUGAAUCGGUGGAAUGUGAUGAGGGUGGAAAAUGUAAUUGUUUUCAAAGAACACUAUCUGAAUCACGCUACUCAUUCAUCAACAAUAAGAACUAAUAGAAGGGGUUACUUUUAAACCUUUUUUUAGUGCUGAGUUAAUAAGGAAAAGUAAAUCUGCCAUCGUAAAGAGAUUCGAAAGCUGACGUUUCCACUGACAUCAGUUGACAGACAUCAUUUGGAAGCCCGAUUAGUAAGAUCGAGAACCGACACACAUUGCUGCCAUGUAAUAUGAAACGUCCAUAAGCAUUAUAAUACACUUCCAUGUAUGAGAUAAAUUUUCUUUUCGCAAAAACAAAGUUAUAAAAUAAAAAGUGCUAAACUAUAAUUUUAUCAGGGCACGAAAAUUGCACUGCUAUAGUCGAACGUGGGAUAUUAUAGUAGGAAAGAAUUUCUAUACAAAUGUUACGAUUGGACCAGGUCUUGUUACAAAUCGUUUUGUAAAAAUUGUUGUUGCUUCUUCUCUUCUUAAGGAGUGUUGGCGUACGCUAUUCGCUAUCGCGUCAAGAAAAUCCCCCAUUUUAAAACUGGCAAGAUGAGAACGUCAGCUACUGAUCAAACCUUCCAGAAUCCCAUAUACGAUACGAACGAGGAUGUUAAGGAGCGA